GAUACCUUAUCAGCGGCAGACGUCUGAGCUAUAAGUCUCUUCCAACUGAACGAGUGUUGGGAAAUACUACAUAUCAGGGAAAAUGGGAUGGACGCCAGUUGUUUUCAUUUUGAGUCUAUCGAUAACCAAUGUAUACAGUAACACGACUGUGACAAUCUAUCCUCAGUGGCUGGCAAAGGGAGGAAAUGUUCGCUAUGAACCUGACAGAUGGAGCAAGCACAAUGGUCUGGAACAUGAAUACCUGAUACCAAGUUGUCGCAGUAUUCGGACUGACAGCGGACGCUGGAUGAAUAGAGAUAUACAUGAUAAUCUCUUUCUAGAUUGGCCACAGGACCCUUACCGUAGUGGCUACCCAGACCCGAACUACCUGAAGAACGUCACCAAGCAACAGGAACUGUUCUCCACGUAUCUUGCCAACAUUAACAGUGGGUACAAGAACGAAAUGAUCAUGGUGUCCACAUCUCUUAAUUGGCCCAACUGGAUGAACCAGUCAGAACAUCAAGGUCAUUUCCCAAACAACAUAGAUGCUGCUGCAGAGUUCAUUAUGUUAAUGGUGCAAGGAGUUUAUGACUACACACAAGGUCAGAUACCGCCCUACUUUGAAGUCGUCAAUGAACCAGAUGUUAAAGGGGACAUCAUGAAUUUCACCACCACUGUUAGCGUCUAUCAUAAAGCAGUUGCUGAGAAACUCCAUUCCAGAUUUAACAUCAAAGUGGCGGGUCCAACAAUGACAGGGUAUAAUACAGACGUAGACAGAAAUAACUUCUCCUUCUGGCCAAAACUGGUACAGUUUCUAGACAUCGCAUUAGAUGAGUUAGAUGUAUUUUCCUUUCAUUCAUACAACUCACUAGUUGUUUCGGGGAAAACUCAUAAAUUCACUGGAAAUAAUGAAGCCCGUUUGGUAGCAUUUGUCGACCUCCUUGAAAGCUAUGUCCAUCGAAAGAAAGGAAAAUCUAUUCCCAUCAUUAUCAGUGAAUAUGGUCGCGGGAAAGUAGAAGGUAUUAGCAAAGAUGCUCCAUCGGGUAUAGUCGAUUUUUCAACAAUAUAUUGCAUCAAUGGCCACCGAUUCACCCAACUUGGUCUCAGAGAAUACAUUGAUAGAACAGUGGUGUUUUUGUUAUCUAACGAGCAACGUCCAGGACAUGACAGUCUCAACUUUUCACUUUUCACCCAGCAAGGGAAUGCCACACGUUUGGUCGACGUUUUCAAGUUUUGGUACAAUUUCACGUCAGAGUACUCCUUCAUCAGAACCUCCAGCCAAUCGGACGGACAAGAACGAACUGUGUCACCGCUAGCAAUGGCCAGUCCUUUGAAGAAUGAAACCGUCAUUCUCCUUCACAGCUAUUCACAACAGUCACAAACCGUUAAGCUAAUUUUCCAAGACGACUGGAUCACACCGACCACGGGCGAAGCUACUUGUAUCACCAUCAAGGACAACUGGUACCCGGUCAUGACCUUCAACGAACCCAUUGACAUCGGGAAAACUCAAGGAAUGGUUGAACUUCCUCCUGAAGCAACAUGUCGCUUUACAUUCAAGAUCCCGUCAGACCAACAACCUAAAGUCACUCUCAAUGAAACGACAUAUUACGGAACAGAUGUAAUUAUACCUAUCAAGGACAACAUCGCUGUUACAACCAUAUCACUUCCGGUUUGCGAAAUCCAAAGCGCGAAUCUGCGAGUUUCAACCAGUUGGCUCACUACUGAAACCAACGAUGUGAAAUCUGUCACCCUCAACAACCAAACUCUUGACUCCUUCUUCAAGCUGUAUGACUCAGAUAGACACAACAGUGACAUGUAUACCAACAUGGACGUUUGGGAGUUUGAGAUCCCUCCUAACUUGUUGAACUCUACUUCUAUCCAGGUCCAGGUUAACUUCUCCAACCAGGAGAAUGGUUAUGUGACUUCGGUAGCUCUUGUCGCUGCCAGACUUGUCCCAUCCGACAUAAAAUGAUAAGAUACUGAAAUAACAUUGCAUUGAUUUGAUUAAAGAGAACAUGACUGUGAUAAAGUAUCAUGCA